ACCUCCACCCAAAAAUGACUGGCUACUGUGGUCCAGAGUUCGCUGUCCCAUCUGUUGCCUCCACCCCAACAGUUGGCUUUGGAUCAGCACACCGCGGCUGGGAUGGUCUUGGCUGUGGAUAUGGAGGUCUUGGCUAUGGCUAUGGAGGUCUUGGCCUGGCACAUGGAGGUCUAGGUUAUGGUCAUGGCUAUGGCCUCGGCUGGGCCCAUGGUCCUGCCAUAGCUGAAACUUCUGGCAGUCUUGGAACCCUAGCUGGAGUCAUCCCUUCCUGCAUCAACCAGAUCCCACCAGCAGAAGUCGUGGUCCAGCCACCAGCCGUGGUCAUGACCCUCCCAGGACCCAUCCUCUCUGCCACUGGGGAACCAGUAACUGUUGGAGGCAAUGCUCCAUGUGCCAUUAGUGGUACUGGGGUGGCAGGAUCAAGCUACUAUGGGGGGCUAGGAGGCCUUUAUGGUGGCUGGGGGUGGGGUUCUCGCUUAGGGCUAAGACAGGGUAGAUUCCUUGGGAACAGGGCUCUGCUGGGACGUCGUGCCAGUAUCUGUUGAUCCCUGCGUUGA